AUCAUGUCAGCUAUCGUGACUAAAAUCGUUGAAAAAUACAAUCCUAGCCCCAAGAUGAGUGUGUCUGAUCUCAAUGGUUUUAAAUUUAGUAGUGAUCAGAAAAAUAGAAGUACGUUCAAAGAGCCAUUGCCCUGCAAUAGAGAUAUAAAUAUUGCAAUUUCUAACAAAUCCUCGAAAGGAAUGGAGAAAGAAACUAUCGGAGAUAUGGCAUAUCGGCUUUUACAGGAUAAGCUUAGCAUUAGAUAUAUAAGAGCUGAAGUUUAUACCUUAGCCCUAUUAGCAUUAAAUGCUAAUGCUGGUUCGUCAUGUCUUUCACGGCUUUGGAGAGAAUUAAGAAAUAUUGGUGCUUCAUCUCAGAUUAUCGAGGCCACAAAAUUUUCAGAUAUUACAGAAGAUGCCAACAAAAUUCAGAGUGUUAAUCAGAAAAAAGCUGAAGCUAAAUGUAUCAAUUAUCUAGAUGAAUUUACAUUAGAAUCAGUCAAAGAAAGAUUAGAUGCGUAUGAUAUUAAAACUUUACCUGAUU